CUCCGUCCUCUCCGCAUGAACAACCAAUGUGUCCUCCAACCGGUCAAUGUUGACGUUUGUGGGUGAUUGUCGAAGCACUGUCAUGAUAAUGAAGUCUCGCAGAAUCGUGGAAGAGUCUUCGAAACUUUGCGAACAUGGCAGGUCCACGGUCCGACGACAGCAAUGCAUCUGACCUUGACUUGAUCAGCGCGGAGGAGACUGGUGAUAUCUCUUCAAGCAGAGCACCCAAUCUGCUGGACUCAAGGACACCGGCUCGCCCUACAAGCACUUCCCCCGUCUCACAAUCGCGAUCGAGGAAGACACCGUCGACGGUAACAUCCGUACGGCUCUCUUCCAACGGGGAGGCGGCCGAGACAAGUACCAGUACUGAAGAGGGUGACUUUCACAAUCCUGAACACGUCGGCCAAAAAGACGAUGGUCCACUCGACUGGUAUGUCGAAGGGCCAGGCAGGCGGGUCGGUUACGACGACAUGACUGCCAUCGAUUGGAUUUACGAGUAUACCAAAGAGCGACAACGACUGAGAAAACUUCUGGCACACUAUACGGGCCUGGUUGGGAACCUGAGACAGCUGCUUGACGCCAGCCAUGUUUGGUUCGUCCUCGUGGCGAGCGGGAUCUCCGUGGGUUGCGUCGCAGCUUUCAUCAACAUUGCCUCGGACUGGCUGGGCGACAUCAAGACAGGCUAUUGCAAGAAGGGAGUCGGCGGCGGAGACUUCUACCUGAACAAGCAGUUCUGCUGUUGGGGUCACGACGAAUUUGCUCAAUGUCAAGAUUGGACUCCAUGGCCUGCGGCGUUGGGGAUAAGAGCCAAGGCCGCCCAGUUCGUUAUGGGCUACAUUUUCUUCAUUGUUUUUUCUAUCCUGUUUGCGGUUUCAGCGGCGGUCCUCGUUAAACAUUACUCGAUAUAUGCCCAGCAUAGCGGUAUAGCGGAAAUCAAGACCGUCCUGGGAGGUUUCGUCAUCAGACGAUUUCUCGGCACAUGGACUCUGAUCACGAAGUCUUUUGGUUUGAUCCUCGCCGUCUCUUCGGGCAUGUGGCUUGGUAAAGAAGGGCCAUUCGUCCAUCUGGCUUGCUGCUGCGCCAAUAUUAUCAUGAAGCCAUUCGAAUCAUUGAGCCAGAACGAAGCCCGAAAGCGAGAAGUCCUCUCCGCUGCAGCUGCGUCUGGUAUCUCCGUUGCCUUUGGUGCACCUAUCGGCGGUGUCCUAUUCUCUCUGGAGCAGCUGGCCUAUUACUUCCCGGACAAGACUAUGUGGCAAUCGUUUGUUUGCGCGAUGGUGGCAGCAGUGACGCUGCAGGCUUUAAAUCCUUUCCAUACCGGAAAAAUUGUCCUGUAUCAAGUCACCUACACGACGGGUUGGCACAGCUUCGAACUUGCGCCAUUCAUUCUCCUCGGCAUCAUCGGUGGAGUAUAUGGUGGAUUGUUCAUCAAACUGAACAUGUUAGUGGCACGACUGCGCAAGUCUGCAAAUUAUCCAUUUCGCAACAGGCCCCUGCUGGAAAUAUUGGUUGUCUCCGCCAUCUCUGCAGUCAUCAACUAUCCGAACCUCUUCAUGCGGGCCCAACUGUCUGAAUUGGUGUAUUAUCUAUUUGCAGAGUGUGCCACUAUCGGGAACAACGACAUCUUUGGUCUCUGUCGUGCCACAACUGCGGGAGCUUUGUCGAUGGCGUGGCUCUUGAUCGCAGCUUCAUUGCUAGGUUUCUUGCUGGCGAGCGUCACAUUUGGCCUGCAAAUUCCGGCAGGCAUCAUUCUCCCCUCUCUGGCCAUUGGCGCACUCUAUGGAAGAACACUUGGUGUGGUUGUUGAGCUGAUACACAAACACUUUUCGACAUCCUUGUUGUUCGCUGCUUGCGAACCUGACGUUCCCUGUGUUACUCCGGGCACAUACGCCAUCGUCGGAGCUGCUUCAGCGCUGGCCGGGGUCACAAGGAUGACCGUCUCGAUUGUCGUCAUCAUGUUUGAACUAACAGGCGCCCUUACUUAUGUCUUGCCAAUCAUGAUUGCAGUCAUGCUUGCAAAAUGGAUCGGAGAUGUCUUCUCCACACGUGGCAUCUACGAGUCUUGGAUUCAAUUCAACGAAUACCCAUAUCUCGAAAACAAGGACGACGCAACUAUGCCUCACGUCCUCGUUUCCAGUCUGAUGACGAGAGUGGAGGAAAUGAAGUGCUUAGAUGCCAAUCGGCUGUAUACUGUCGAGGACCUGCAAAACAUUCUGAGAACAACAUCUUAUCGAGGUUUUCCGGUGGUCUCGUUCAGGAAGGCAGUAGGCGAUGUCACUGAAACAGGUUCACACCGGCAGUACCCGCGCGAGAACACUCUUCUAGGGUACAUCUCUCGGGUUGAACUGGCGUUCGCGCUGGAGCGGAUGAUGCAUCCUAGCAGUCACCAAUCCAGACCCGGGGCUGAAACGAUUGUUGAUCCAAGAACCCCCUGUUAUUUCACCUACCAUCCCGACAUUGCCGCAGGUUCUGGAAUCGACCUGCGGCCUUGGAUGGACCAGACACCCAUCACGCUCAACGCGAACAGCUCACUCCAACUGGCGGUGCAUAUGUUCCAGAAGCUGGGGCUUCGAUACCUCCUUUUCGUUGAGCGCGGCGCUUUCAGAGGCAUGCUCACCAAAAAGGAUGUUUGGUGGAUCUUGUCCGCAUCGGCAGACGGACGCAAGGCUGGUGGGUUUGUUGCCGAUGCAGAAACCGUUCGAGACUCUGCUCUGGAGGACGACGAAGGCCCCGAGGAAGCGAGAGGCCUUCUUCAGGCAGACUCAGAGGAUCCAGAUCCUCAAAGAAUGCCGACUUAAUCAAACUUUUCUUUGCCAGAGUCUGGACCCUCCACUUUUGCCUUUUUCUCAUGGACAUGAGAGACCGUCAAAUAACUGUACAGCUGAACUGGAUUCGAACUUCGGACGCCUGACAGUGAAAUACCCGGAGAGCGGAAGACUCGUCCGGCAGAAGGUCUAGUCAACGCGGGAUCCUCGCUGGAUAUCGCCCGCGAGAGCCUACCAGCUGUGUACGAGUCCAGAAGGGGGCGUGCCGUUUCAGGAGUCUAGUCCAAAGCAUCUAUCUUCCAGGGUGAUGGAGCCACGGUGCAACUUUCUCCUUGCACAAUCAAUCUCCCGAAACAAUCAGACCCAGCCUCUCUUGUAUGCACAAAGUUACCAGGUUGGAGGUCUUGUCAGUAGACCGCGAUACUCCGUAGACGACCCAGCGGGAAAGGCCUAGAAGCCCAGCUGAUCAUCCGCUCCCUAGAAAGUCUGGAAUAUCGCUUAGAAAGACAUUGGCCCACGCUACAUAUGGCGCGUGUCCCACACAUCUCUAGGUUGAGUUUUGGCGAACUUUAGGGCCCUGACAGCAGAACUACCACGAGGCGAAGACGCAAUAUAUUGUCGUCGUCGGCCGCAACAAAAGGGGGCAGUGCAUAAUUGGCCAUCUCUCAGAGACUGGGGCCUCCUUGCCUACGGGAAAAACAGGGCAGGCAGGAGAAAAUUGGGGGCGAGACCUAUGCGAGUGAGCUGAGCCGAGCCUCGCGUUGUACCUGUGCUCCUCCUGACGAUCCCUUUUCCCGCAACCGAAAUGAUCAGCAACAACGUGUCAAUUCACAUGGGUUCAAGAAGCGAAGCAUGCCGAAUUAGCAGUUCAAUGCGCGUUGCACCGAUAA